ACAAUGAGGAUGUGUAUAGCUGUCUUUUAGCCAUGUUCUGUCGAUGGAUUUGCAAUAGUGCUGUGCAAAAAUGAGAUUUGUGGAUGCAAGACUCAAUCUGUCGUUUCAUAUGCGACGGUGAGUCAAAGAAAUUGGCAUGUGUUCACUCGGCAGGACAUUGUAUGCUCGUGCAGCAAUCGUGUAAAGAAACUACAGUGGGUUUUUGUACGCGUCGGAGUCUGACACCCGCUGGCCCAAUGGAGCCGCGUAUUCUUGCUAUUCCGUUGGCUUUGUUGACAUUCGUCGUUUUAGCUAGUGCAGGUGGAUUAUAUUUUACCAUUGAGCCACAAGAUGUUGUGGUUGAACAGGGUGCUCCAGCUAGAUUGGAUUGUGAAGCAAAAAGUGAUUUUGGGAAACCUAGUAUACAGUGGAGAACUGAUGAUGGACAGCCAAUUAAUUUUAUUGGAGAUAGUUACCAAUCUCAAUUAGCUAAUGGAUCCUUGUACAUAAAUAGCGUUUAUGGCAGUAGUUUGGAAUUGACAGGAAGCUAUCAGUGUCUAGCUUUUGUAGAUGAUGUUGGAGCUAUUGUUUCUCGAACUGCCACAAUUAAAAUUGCAAGUUUGCCAGGAUUUGAAAGGGAACCUCAAGAUACUAUGGUUUACCCAGGGCAAAUUGCAUAUUUAAGUUGUACACUUCUUACAACCUCUAGUUCAUUGGUUAUACAAUGGCUAAAAGAUGAACAUCCAUUAAUUCUUGAUGAUAGUCGAAUGACAGUUUUGCCAUCAGGUGCAUUAGAAAUUGAUGAUGUUAAUAUGCAAGAUAUUGGAUCAUACAGAUGCAAUGCUAGUAGUUAUGGACAAUAUAGGCUCAGUAAUAAAGCACAAUUAGGAUUAUUAACAAGUGAUAUUGAUCAAGGAAGUACUCCUCCGAUUUUUAUUGCUAAACCAUUACAACAAGUGAUUAUUGAAGGAUCAACAGUCACACUUGAAUGUGCUGCCAAUGGCUACCCUAAGCCAAGUAUACUUUGGUUGAAAGAUGGUGUUGCUAUUGAUGUAGCAUCUUUUGACUCUAGGUAUAGUAGAAUUGCUGCAUCCAGUCUUGUGAUCAGUAAGGUUCAAGAAAUUGAUGAUGGUUCUUAUCAGUGUCGUGCAGAGAAUGAAGUUGAAACAUUAGAUGCAGCUGCUAGUUUAAUUGUACAAGUUCCACCAAGAUUUAUUAAAAAACCAGAAGAUAAGGUAGCUAAUGAAAAUCAAGAUUUGGAGUUUGAAUGUGAAAUUUAUGGAAAACCUGAGCCAAAAAUUACAUGGCUUAAAAAUGGAGAACGUAUUACUUUAAGUGCAUAUUGGCAAAUCGUUAACGGUUAUAAUCUUAGAAUUAACGGCCUACUUCUAAUAGAUGCUGGUAUCUUUCAAUGCAUUGGAACAAAUUCCGCCGGAAGUGUACAAGCUGCAGCACGUUUAACAAUUAAUCAGCCUAAGAAGGCAAAUUCCCAUAAAAUUACUACUCCAAAAACAGUUCCUAAAAAAAAGUUAUUAUUACAUCGACAAUUGUAUAAUAAAACAUGGCAGCACCCAAGUACCCUUUUAGGCCAUACAAUGUCUGCGUUUACACCUAAUCCACCACUUUCCAUUAGUCCUUCUGAUGACCCUGCAGAUCUUCCUGGAUCUGUAAAAUUUCCUAAUUCCCUUUACGAUCCAAAAUCCCAUUUUGUAGAUGACACAGACAGUGUGGAAUCAAUAGAAGGAAGUGUCCCGUCAGCACCAAGGAAUUUAAGUGUCGUCAUUGUCACUGCUAGAUUUGUAACUUUACGGUGGCAAGAACCCGAAAAUACAAACGGAGAAAUUUUAAAUUAUUAUAUUUAUUAUAAACAAGAAGGUGUUCAGAGAGAACGAGUUAUUAAUACGCAACAAAAGUUAGAGGCGGUAAUACAAGGUUUACAACCAAGUAUGACGUAUCAGUUUCGAGUAGUCGCUUUGAAUGAAAGAGGUUCUGGAAUAUCUAGUGAAGUGUUACAAGUUACCACACUUACUGAGGCUAAUGUUCCUGGACCACCAUUGAAUUUAGAAGGUUAUGCAACAAGCAGUGUGAGCAUUGCUUUAUCUUGGGAAAAGCCACAAGUUGUUAAUGGCAGAAUUUCUAAAUACAUAAUUACAUUUGUAGAGGGUGACAAUGAGGAAAUAAUACGUGAAACUACUAGUACAAUGCACGAAUUAGUAGAUCUCGUGCCUUAUACAGAAUACAGUAUUAAAGUUCAGGCUGUAAAUGAGAAUGGUCCUGGUGUGUUUAGUAGAGAUAUCAUAGUGCGAACUUACAGUGCACAACCUACUCAACCACCGCACAAUGUAACAGUAGAACCAGUUAAUCCUACAAGUAUUAUAAUAAGAUGGGAGCCGCCACUUGAAGGACAAAACGGAAUUAUCACUGGUUACAAAAUUCGUUAUCGUCGUCACGAUCGCGGAUCGCAGCCUGUAACAAUAACAACUGAAGGAAAUCAACGUUCACGAGUACUCACGGAACUGGAGAAACACGUUGUCUAUCAGGUUCGCAUAUGUGCCUUAAACAUGAAUGGAACUGGACCUUGGACAGAAUGGAUACAGAUAGAAACAUAUGAAAUUGAGUCUGAUGAAAACCGAGUGCCAAAUACACCCAGCAACUUAAAAACAAAAGUAAUGUCGGAUUAUAUACAAGUUUUUUGGAAUCCUCCAAAAGAUCAAAGUAUUAAGGUAAAGGGAUAUAAACUAGGAUGGGGAAAGGGAGUCCCUGAUGUCGAAGUACGCCUUCUGGAUGGAAAAGAACGAUCUUUCACCAUAGAUCAAUUAGAACCGAUUACUGAGUAUGUUAUAUCUCUAAGAGCAACGAAUGAUGCUGGUGAUGGCCAACCAGCAUAUGCAAACGUGAGAACUACAGAACGUUCUGUAUCUGAAUUUUCUGUGCCUUUGAUACCUCCUGUUGGUCUUAAAGCAACUGUUCUUUCUGAUACUACAGUUGUACUAUAUUGGACUGAUACAACUUUGCCAAAAACUCAAUUUGUAACGGAUAAUCGUUAUUACGUGGUACGUUAUACAUCACAUCAUCAUAGCAGUAACGUUCGUUAUAAAUAUCAUAAUGCUACUGAUCUUAAUUGUAUGAUAAAUGAUUUGAAACCCAAUACAUUAUAUGAAUUUACAGUUAAACUUGUUAAGGGAAAACGAGAAUCGCCAUGGAGUAUGGUUGUUUCAAAUCAAACUCAAGAAGCUGCACCUAGUUCUGCACCUAGGGAUCUAAUAAUUCAAAGUAUCGAAGACCGUCCAACUUCAGCUCUACUGCGUUGGCAACCUCCUAAACAACCAAAUGGUCCAAUUACAGGAUAUAUUAUUUUUUAUUCGACUGAUAACACGAAGUGGGAUCGGGAUUGGUUAUUAGAAGCUGUAAUUGGAGAUAAAACUGAAUUUAUCGUGAAAGGUCUGCAACCAAAUACAACCUACUACUUCAAGAUCCAAGCACGAAAUUCAAAAGGAUAUGGUCCUUUUUCUACAACUGUUCCAUUUAAGACACCUCAGAGUAGUGGCAUGGAUAUCUAUGAUGAAUUGCAUGAUCGAGAUGGACGUGGACUUUCGAAUAUAUUAAUCUAUAUUAUUGUGGGUUGUUCUAUUGUUGUUAUCACUGGCAUAGCAGUAGUAGUUGUGGUUAUAUGUUGUAAACGUAGCCCGGAUACACCUGAUAGAAAGAAAGGAUAUAUGAAAGAUACAAAUCAGAAAACAAACAUCAAGCCACCAGAUUUGUGGAUUCAUCAUGAUCAGAUGGAACUCAAAGCUCUUGAAAAGACUUCAAUAAAUGGAGAGGCAUCUACUAGUGGUGUAGCUAGUAAUACCUUACCCAGGUCAAACAACCAAGAUUAUAAUCAAGAAAAUGUGCAUGGAAAUUCUAGUUCAUUGGACAAACGUACUUAUGUACCAAGUUAUCUGGGUAACACUGAUGAGAAGUGCUCGACCCUGAGUAGGCAGCAUAGUCGAGGAAGCCACAAACCUAAACUUAUUACACUUCCUGUUGACAGUGCAUCUUUACAUCAACCUAUAGCGACAGCUACACCGAUCGUAAAUACGAGCAUGUCACAACCAACAAUUCACACAUCAUGCAGUGAUACACCAUCCGUGAGACAGAAUUAUCCUCGAACUGUGGCUCAAUAUAGUUUAAGUCGAGCACAUAUUACUUUAGAACCGACACCAGAAUCGAGUCCAGAUUCUUGCAAUAUUUCAACUUCCUAUGAACCAAUGCAAAGCCAACAAUUAUCAUAUGGUACAAGUGGUCAGUCAUAUAGUGGAAAUACUCAAUAUGCUUCGGGACACUAUAACAAUAAUAAUCAACCAUCAAGUACAGGCAGUGGAACUGAUAGUGGUAGUGGUAGUAAAAGAAUGCAAGGACAUCCCUUAAAAAGUUUUAGUGUGCCAGCACCUCCACCUCAGUCUGCCCCUUCAACACCAGCCCAACAAAAACAUGGCGUUUCUCAAGUAACUGUAAGACCUACAAUGUCCGGAAGUCCGUAUAAGAAACCACAGAGUUCUACGCAAUUAGCAAAAAACCGAUUAGCCUCAGUUUCAAAUCCGGUGCACACUUCAGAAGAAGUUGAACGGUUGAAGCCUUCUUACAGUACAGAAGAAUUGAACCAAGAAAUGGCUAAUUUAGAAGGUCUUAUGAAAGACUUGAACGCCAUAACAGCAUCUGAAUUUGAGUGCUAGGAAAGGUUCCUAAACCUUGUGCCAUCUCAAUUCAAUAGACUGCAAUGAUACAUUCUCAAUG